AUGGACCCACUAUCCGGAAUAUCAGAUGUCGGCACAAGAGCCCUGUUUGACGAUAUCGUCGGAGUCUGGCACGAGUACCGAACGCCGCUUAUCCUGUCUGCACUGGUAUUCCUGCUCGCCGUUCGAGUCUACAUUCGAAAAACGACGGAACCUAAUCCCUCCGAGACUAUACGGAAUGCCGCCGAGAAGAAACUUGCGUCGUCCUCCGCGCUCGUGGCUCGAGAAUGGAACGCCAUAGUCGCUGAAAAACGUGGUGCGAAACCAGACGGACCUCGAAGGAUCAAAGGAGGAGUUUCCGGGAAGCCGAUAGUGCAGGAAAAAGAACACCGCCAUGACAGAGAUCGACCUGUCAAAGUGCUGGUCUUCUUUUCGUCAGUCACGACCAAAACCGAGAAAAUUGCGCAGCAAUACUUGACGAGGCUGCAAAGCUCAAACGCUGACAUGUCCAAGGCGGCGGAACGUCAGCUUCUCACGCCAGAGCUUCAUGACCUGGCAGAUGUUGAUUUUGAAGAUUUCUUUGUCAAUCCCGCAAAGUCACCGGAGAACGCCCAACUAUUCUAUCUGUUCCUGAUUCCGAGCUACAACAUUGAUACCAUCAAUGACACGCUCCUGCAGCAUCUUGAAGAAACCCAUCACGAUUUCAGGAUCGACACUGCGCCCUUGGCACCGCUCUUGGGCUAUUCCGUCUUUGGAUUCGGUGACAAGGAAGGCUGGCCAGACGAGGCGGAGGGCUACUGCUUCCAGGCCAAGGAGCUGGAUAAGUGGAUGUCGAAGCUCACAUCCGGCAAACGCGCCUACCCUGUCGGCAUGGGCGAUAUGAAAAGUGACCAUGUGGAAAGGUUUGAAGAAUGGGCCCGCGGCGUCCAAGACGCCAUCGCUUCCGUUGCCCGGAACGGAAGCUUGGGCGAGGGCGCGCCUGGCAGUGGCGAUGCACUGGAGAGCGAUGUCGAGGACAAUGCCGAGGAAGAGUAUGGGGAGGCGGCCGCACGUCAAGAAGGCAAGACAUCUGCGGCAGCAGAAGAGCCAUCCCGACCGCUCGAUGACAUGGAAGAUUUAGGGCGCAUGCUUCAAACGUCGAGCAGUAAAGAGAUCGCGGCUGGUAAGAAGGCGCCCCUUGCUGUGGACUUUACGUCGUAUGCAUCAUCUGCCAAGAAGCGGCCCCAGCCAGCUCCCGUUGUCAAGGAAAUGGUUGCCAAAGACUCCCCCACGUACGCGGCCCUGACCAAGCAGGGCUAUUCGAUUGUUGGUUCUCAUUCUGGCGUAAAGAUAUGCCGGUGGACAAAAUCCGCACUCCGUGGCCGGGGGAGCUGUUACAAAUACUCCCUCUACGGCAUCAACUCGCAUCAGUGCAUGGAGACGACCCCGUCCCUGUCGUGCUCGAAUAAGUGCGUCUUUUGCUGGAGGCACGGCACUAAUCCGGUCGGAACGACGUGGCGUUGGGUGGUUGACCCUCCCGACAUGAUCUUCAAAGGCGUCAAGGAGAAUCACUACAAAAAGAUCAAGAUGAUGCGUGGCGUCCCAGGUGUACGGGCUGAGCGGUACGCCGAGGCCCUGAGAAUCCGUCACUGCGCUCUUUCGCUAGUUGGCGAACCAAUCUUUUAUCCCUACAUCAACGAAUUCCUCGCCAUGCUUCAUUCGGAGCGCAUCUCAUCGUUCCUCGUCUGCAACGCCCAGCACCCUGACCAACUGGCCGCGCUCAAGGCCGUCACACAGCUAUACGUCUCCAUCGACGCCGCCGACAAGGACUCCCUCCGCAAGAUCGACAGACCCCUUCACAGGGAUUUCUGGGAGCGUUUUCAGAGGUGUCUCGAUAUUCUGCGGGCAAAACGGUUCCGCCACCGGACGGUGUUCCGCCUGACCUUGGUCAAGGGCUUCAAUGUGGACGACCAGGUGGAGGGCUACGCGCGGUUGGUCGAGCGCGGCCUUCCGUGCUUCGUCGAAGUCAAGGGCGUCACGUACUGUGGCACGUCGACGUCGUCCAAUGCAGGGCUCAGCAUGUCCAACGUCCCCUUUUACUGGGAAGUGUGCGACUUUGUUCGAGCACUCGAGAAGCGGCUCAAGGACAAGGGUCUGAGGUACGGCAUUGCUGCCGAACAUGCCCACAGCUGCUGCAUUCUGCUCGCGAGCGAACGCUUCUUCGUCCGGGGCAAAUGGCAUACCCACAUUGAUUACCAACGGUUUUUCGAACUGCUAGAGGAAAGGGGCCCAGAUGGUGAUUGGACACCCGAGGACUACAUGGGCGAGCCGACGCCUGAAUGGGCGUUGUGGGGCAAUGGAGGCUUCGAUCCGAGAGACGAUCGUGUAGAUAGAAAGGGGAACAGGAUUGAAAACGUAGUAGUUCGAGAGGCGCCGCCCCGCGAGAUCUGA